AUUUGCUUAUUUGCCACCCAAUUGGCAUGCCUCUCUCAAACUACCACUAAUUCGCCAGUACAUGGUCUAGUUGAACCUGCUCGCACCCUUUCUCAGCGCCUCUGGUCUUCUUCUUCCUCCUCUCUCAGCGCCUCCCUUCUCUGCUCGCAAGACCGCCGCCGCUCCUUAUCGGAACCAGCCGAGGUAGCCGAGCCAUGUCGCAGUCAGCUUGCAGCGUGCGCAGCCGUCGCUCGUUGCCGGAGGUUCCGACCGGAUUGCCGCUGAUACGGUGCCCGACAUGCAAGUUGGCGACGAUGAUAGAGCUCACUACAAAGAACACACCGAACCGGGGGAGGAAAUUCUUCAAGUGCCCACGCAACCAGCCAUAUAUCCCAAAUGGUUGCAAUUUUUAUGCUUGGUUGGAGGAGUACGAACAAGUGGUAGCAAAUGGUGGGAUGCUUGUGGAUUCAGCCUGGAGACCCAAUGCCAUUCCUGACCGCACUGAAUCAACGGUAGAGAAAUUGGAAGAAGCAUCAAUGAAGAAGGAGGCGGAGAAGAAGGAAGAUGUAGCAUCAGUGAAGGAGAUUGCAAGAUGGGGAAAGGCAAUACUGGUGUUGGGUCUGCUCAAUUCGACGCUCAUGGUGUUUUUGCUGGUUGUUGUCUUGGUCAAGUAGAGUAUGACAAGUCACUUUGGUGGUUCUGGAUCAAAUAGAGUUGUUGUCUUGGUCAAGUAGAGUAGCACAAGUCUUUGAGGUAGUGUCCUUGCUCUGUAGUAGUCCACAGCUACUUGGUCCUGUGUAAAAGCUUGAAGCUACUUGGU